AUGAGCUUGCGGGGGCCGCUCGUCCACCUUCAUCACGUUGAGCACCACUUCUCAGAACUUCCCACCGAGUUGCGCUUGGCGAUUUGGAAUCUCAACCUCCAUCGUCCCCGUAUAGUGCCCCUGCACAUCGACGCCCAGUCCCCUUCGGAAACGGGGAGCGAACCGUUUCCUAGUCUAUUAGCCAUCCCUCAAUGUGUCUCUCCAUGCCCGGCGCCCGCAAACCUCCACGUCUGCCACGAGGCGCGCAGAGAAGCCUUGAAGUUCCACCGUCUAUCUUUCGGCAUGUACCGACAGCCGGGAAGGAUCUUCUUUAACCCAGACUCUGACAUCCUCUACUUCGGGUCUCACGAGGGCUUCGGGGCUUCCGAAGCACACUUCCGUACUGCCAUGUCCCUCUGCUCGCCCGAAGACUUGGGCAGUGUACGCCAACUUGCGAUUAACGAGGCUGUCUUCAAGGUCGGUUGUAAGUACGUACACUCACUGGCUGCGGACGUGCUGGCACUUGUGCGGUCACGCAUGCCGGCCCUUGAGGAGCUCGUGUUUGUUCCGGCAGGGGCGGUCGAGGCAGAGGACGUUGCCUACUCGGGCUAUGACGCCGACUUGGUGCUAAUCGACAUCGGAGGGACCAAAGAAACGAUCGAAAUGUCACGACAAGUCAAAAUGGCCCUUCGUGACUUUUGCGAAAGGUACCCUGAUUGGAAGAAACCAAAGUGCCGAAUCAUGGCAAUGGUCAGGUCUUCAAAGCGGAAGAAAAAUUCUUGA